AUGGAUGUUCCACAAAUUGACAGAAAUGCUGUUAUUUUUGAAUUACUUCCACCUUCUUUAAGAGACGAAAAUUCGUCAAUCGCUGCCGAUAAUUCUGAAGACGAUAAGUUUUUUGAAAUUACGGCACAGGAUGUGGCGAAUAUGCAAAAACUUUUGACUGAAAAAAGUAACAAUGAACAAGCAUUAAUUCCUCGAAAAUAUUUGGAAGAACAAAACAAAAAACAACGUGAAAAUGCUUGGAAGAAUUGUGUUAUUCGUUUUAAACUUUUUGGAAAAUAUAUAAUACAAGCAUUAUUUUUAUCUAUUGAACCAGUUUCUAAUAUUUUUGCUUUUUUAAUUAAACAUUUAUUUAUUGGAGAAUUUCAAUUAAAAUAUUUAAUGAAGAAAUUGGAAAAUAAUCAAAUAAAUCUUUUAAAUUCAAAUAUUGCGCCUAAAGCUUGUAUUGUUAUACAUCCAAUUAAUAAUUUAAUUAAUUUUAAUUCUUUGGAUGAAUUGUUAAAAAAUACAAAGAAUAUUAAAAAUAUUUCUGAAGAAGAAGCUGAAUUAAUUAGUAAUCAAUGGUUAUCAAAUAAUUCAAUUUACCAACCACAAAAUUAUUUAAUUGGAGAAAACAAUUUAAUUAAAAAUAUUCAAGAAGAAGACAAUUCUCAAUUAGAUAAGGAUAUUAUAAAACGAAAAAUUGCAAGAGAAAAUGCUCCUUGUUUGCCAAAAUGGUUUAAAAAGAAAUAA